AUGGCGGGUCCCCUACGGCGAGGCCGUCUCUGGAUUGGCGUCGCCUUCAUCUGGAUCUUGUGCUUUUGGUACUGGUCAAAUUCGGACUCUCGCUUCAAGUUGUUUGGUAAUGGAGAUCCUCUUGCUGGAAAGGGCGCCACAGCUUGGACGCGAAGAUUACCUAAAUAUCCUAUUCCCAAGGAGAAACUAGCUGCCUUGCCAAAGAUCACCGGAGAUGUCAAGGUCCCCAAGAUUCAGGCUGCUGCUCCGGUCGAGAGCGCCGCGGCCAAGGAGCUGCGACUGUCGCGAUUGGCCGCAGUCAAGAAGAGCUUCGAGCACAGCUGGAGCGGGUAUUCCAACUAUGCCUGGAUGCACGACGAGGUGACCCCGUUGACCGGCAAGUCCAAGGACCCCUUUGGCGGUUGGGCUGCCACUCUGGUCGAUGCCCUCGAUACCCUUUGGAUCAUGGACAUGAAGGACGAGUUCACAAAAGCUGUUGCCGCUGCAGACGGCAUUGAUUUCACCAGGAGUCCCAUGGCAACUAUCAACAUUUUCGAGACCAACAUUCGCUAUCUUGGUGGAUUCCUGUCGGCAUAUGAAUUGAGCGGAAGAGCUCAUCCUAUUCUCUUGAAGAAGGCUAUUGAGCUGGGAGACCUGCUCAUGUGUGCCUUUGAUACACCGAACCACAUGCCAGUUACUCGAUGGGAGUGGAAGAAAUCUGCUUAUGGCCAAGCUCAGUCUCCCUCGCGGGAGGCUCUUGUUUCUGAACUUGGUUCCUUGAGUCUCGAGCUCACUAAACUAUCUCAGCUAACCAACAACCCGAGAUUUUAUGACGCUGUCAAGAGAAUUGGAGACCAGUUUGAAUCUACACAGCUCAACACUCGCCUUCCUGGCAUGUGGCCGGUAAUCGUUGAUGCUUAUACACCAGCCUUCCAUGCUGGUUCAGACUUCACCCUUGGUGGUAUGUCUGACUCGCUGUACGAGUAUCUUCCCAAGUGGUAUCUUCUUCUUGGCGGCCAACUAGAGCAGCCACGCCGACUAUACGAAAACUUCAUCCCUGUUGCCAUCAAGCACCUUUUCAAGCGAGCAUUGACACCUUCGGACAAGCCGGUCCUCAUCUCUGGAGACUACCAGGUGACUGAUUUGCCAGGCGAACAACCCAAGUACACCUAUGUUGCACGAGGCCAGCAUCUGACCUGCUUCGCCGGUGGUAUGGUAGCAAUGGGCAGCAAGAUUUUCAACCGCCCCGCAGAUCUCGAGAUCGCUUCCCAGCUCACAGAUGGAUGUAUCUGGGCUUAUCAGGCUACGCAGACGGGACUUGGACCUGAGGUCUUCAACUUCAUCUCGUGUGGCGGCGUCGAUGCUAAGGACUCGAGCGAUUGCACCUGGAACGAGGACCGUUGGCUCAAGGCUAUUGAAGAACAACACGCUCCUGACUUCAGGGCGCCGCCGUUGAGAGGAUCAGACUGGAAGAAGCCAACGGUUCAAGACGUGGUCAAGAAGCACAACCUUCCCAAAGGUAUGAUUGACGUGAGCGAUGGACGAUACAUUCUCCGACCCGAGGCUAUCGAGUCCAUCUUCAUCAUGUAUCGCGUCACAGGAGAUGCACAGUGGAUGGAAAAGGCGUGGACCAUGUUCGAAACGAUUGAGAAGGUGACACGAACUGAGAUUGCGGCUUCAGCGAUAGACGAUGUCACCAAAGCAGAGCCUACAAAGAUGGACAGUAUGGAGAGUUUCUGGUUGGCAGAGACUCUCAAGUACUUUUAUCUCAUCUUCAGCGAAUUUGAUGUUAUCAGCUUGGAUGAGUGGGUGCUGAACACAGAAGCACACCCUCUAAGUCGUCCAGAUGUAAAGUAA